AUGGGCUGGUUCGCUAGGAUUGUCUGUCUUUUCUGGGGAGUAUUACUUACAGCAAGAGCAAACUAUCAAAAUGGGAAAAACAAUGUGCCAAGACUGAAAUUAUCCUACAAAGAAAUGUUGGAAUCCAACAAUGUGAUCACUUUCAAUGGCUUGGCCAACAGCUCCAGUUAUCAUACCUUCCUUUUGGAUGAGGAACGGAGUAGACUGUAUGUUGGAGCAAAGGAUCAUAUAUUUUCAUUCAACCUGGUUAACAUCAAGGAUUUUCAAAAGAUUGUGUGGCCAGUAUCUUACACCAGAAGAGAUGAAUGCAAGUGGGCUGGAAAAGAUAUUCUGAAAGAAUGUGCUAAUUUCAUCAAGGUGCUUAAGGCUUAUAAUCAGACUCAUUUGUAUGCCUGUGGAACGGGGGCUUUUCAUCCAGUUUGCACCUACAUUGAAAUUGGACAUCAUCCUGAGGACAACAUUUUUAAGCUGCAAGACUCACAUUUUGAAAAUGGCCGUGGGAAGAGCCCAUAUGACCCUAAACUGCUGACGGCAUCUCUUUUAAUAGACGGAGAAUUAUACUCUGGAACAGCAGCUGAUUUUAUGGGGCGAGACUUUGCUAUCUUCCGAACUCUUGGGCACCAUCAUCCAAUCAGGACGGAGCAGCACGAUUCCAGGUGGCUCAACGAUCCAAGGUUCAUUAGUGCCCACCUCAUCCCAGAGAGUGACAACCCUGAAGAUGACAAAGUGUACUUUUUCUUCCGUGAAAAUGCAAUAGAUGGAGAACACACUGGAAAAGCCACUCAUGCUAGAAUAGGUCAGAUAUGCAAGAAUGACUUUGGGGGCCACAGAAGUCUGGUGAAUAAAUGGACAACAUUUCUCAAAGCUCGUCUCAUUUGCUCAGUGCCAGGCCCAAAUGGCAUCGACACUCAUUUUGAUGAAUUGCAGGAUGUAUUCCUGAUGAAUUCUAAAGAUCCUAAAAAUCCAGUUGUAUAUGGAGUGUUUACAACUUCCAGUAACAUCUUCAAGGGGUCAGCCGUGUGCAUGUAUAGCAUGAGUGAUGUGAGAAGGGUGUUCCUUGGACCAUAUGCUCACAGGGAUGGUCCCAACUACCAGUGGGUGCCUUAUCAAGGAAGAGUCCCCUACCCACGACCAGGAACUUGUCCCAGUAAAACAUUUGGUGGAUUUGACUCUACCAAAGACCUUCCUGAUGACGUUAUAACAUUUGCAAGAAGUCAUCCAGCCAUGUACAAUCCAGUAUUUCCUAUCAAUAACCGGCCGAUAAUGAUCAAAACAGAUGUAAAUUAUCAGUUUACACAAAUUGUGGUAGAUCGAGUGGAUGCAGAAGAUGGCCAGUAUGAUGUCAUGUUUAUUGGAACAGAUGUUGGAACUGUUCUUAAAGUAGUUUCAAUUCCUAAGGAGACCUGGCAUGAUUUAGAAGAAGUUCUGCUUGAAGAAAUGACAGUUUUCCGGGAACCAACUACUAUUUCAGCAAUGGAGCUUUCCACUAAGCAGCAACAGCUCUACAUUGGCUCCACCACGGGCGUCGCGCAGCUGGCCCUGCACAGGUGUGACGUUUACGGGAGGGCCUGUGCCGAGUGCUGCCUCGCCCGAGACCCCUACUGCGCCUGGGACGGCUCCGCCUGCUCUCGCUACUUUCCUACUGCAAAGAGACGCACAAGACGACAAGAUAUAAGAAAUGGAGAUCCAUUGACCCACUGUUCAGACUUACAACACCAUGAUAAUCACCAUGGCCACAGCUUUGAAGAAAGAAUCAUAUAUGGAGUAGAAAAUAGCAGCACCUUCCUAGAAUGCAGUCCGAAAUCACAGCGAGCUCUGGUCUAUUGGCAAUUCCAGAGGCGAAAUGAAGAGCGAAAAGAAGAGAUCAGAGUGGAUGAUCAUAUCAUCAGAACAGAACAAGGCCUUCUACUGCGUAGUCUACAGCGGAAGGAUUCAGGCAAUUACCUCUGUCAUGCGGUGGAACACGGAUUCAUGCAAACUCUUCUUAAAGUGACCCUAGAAGUCAUUGACACAGAACAUUUGGAAGAACUUCUUCAUAAAGACGAUGAUGGAGAUGGGUCUAAGACCAAAGAAACGUCCAACAGCAUGACGCCUAGUCAGAAGGUCUGGUACAGAGACUUCAUGCAGCUCAUCAAUCAUCCCAACCUGAACACAAUGGAUGAGUUCUGUGAACAAGUUUGGAAAAGGGACCGAAAACAGCGUAGGCAAAGGCCAGGACAUACCCAAGGGAACAGUAACAAAUGGAAGCACUUACAGGAAAAUAAGAAAGGCAGAAACAGGAGGACCCACGAAUUUGAGAGGGCACCCAGGAGUGUCUGA